UUGUCCGACAGAGUGUGGAGUAAAUGAGAUAUUGACACCAGCGGAAACUUUGUGUGUGGGAAUAUAAAACACCAUCUGACCAUUGGCUAUCUUUUUUCUGAUGUCACCUCUCUGAGGCCACUCAUACAUUUCAACAAGUCCCUCUUAGUCUCAAAGCAGAGUUCAAAGGCCAGGAUGUCUUAGCUGUGUUUCUGACCAAGCUUGUCCUCCGGCUGGUGAAAAUUCAAGGAACAGACACAGAUAUGAACAAGGAGAAAGUGAUCUACAUGGAACCCAAAGUCCUGUUUGAAAAGCAAUGGAAGGAAAAAAGGCAUCGAACUAACAGAAGGAGAAACUUUCCAUGGCAUACUAUUGCAAUAGUCCUGGGAAUUGUAUGCUUUUUUCUCCUACUGACAACCACAGUCUUAGGAUAUACAUAUUUUCAGUCUAGGGGGAAAAAUAUGGAGUGCACAAAAGAAAGAAAUACUUCUGGUACAGAACCCUCAGUUUUACAGCCUUUUAUAGAUAAAGACUAUGGCACAUGUCAAGGAAAAUGGUUCUGCUGUGGAAAAGAUUGUUACUAUUUUUCAAAAGAAGAGAAAAGUUGGGAUGAGAGUGAGAAGUUAUGCCGAGUCCUGGGUUCUAGUCUCAUAAAGAUUGAUGACCAAAAGGAGCAGCUCUUCAUUCAGUCAAAAAUAAACUACAAUCACUGGGUUGGAUUACGUAGAAAAGGAGCUAAUCACCCCUGGAAAUGGCAGGAUGGCUCAUCGCUUUCCAAAAAUCUGAAUUUCCAAGAGAGUACAUCUGAUGCAAAAUGUGGAUCCCUCAAGUCACCAAAUAUUACUCCUGAUAUUUGCACUAGAGAGUUUCGUUACAUAUGUGAAAAGGUGUUUACUUGCCUUAAUAAUUAAAAGAAUUUCUAUGAUCGAAGUCUUAAUAUUUUAGUUCUUAAAUAGAUAUUAGGAAAAACCUAUAUUACUCAACUGUGCAUGAUUUAUGAGGACUAUGAACUCUCAGACAUCCCUGAGAAAAGAUAAACAGGAGGUUUAAUGUUUAGUAAAGUUAUGAAUUCAAAAAUUAAGUUUAGUUUUUUGGAAAUUUCAAGAAUCAAUAAAUCAGAGAAUGUGAAGCAGUCUUUUAAUAGAGUAAAUAUUUUAAGUUUGUAUUUCUUCAUCUUUAAUUAAACACUUGAAUAGGUAAUUAAUACAUUUGCAUGUUCAAAAUAUGAAGCAUGAAAUAAUGAACAAAGUCUCUUUACUCAUCUUAUUUUCUAUUUACCUAGUUCCCUUCUCAGAGGCAAAUAGAUAACUAGUUUCCUAGGUAUUAUUACAGAUAUAUUCCAGGAAAACACAAUUACAUACCUGAUAUAUGCUAAACCAGAUGUUACAUAGUUGUGAUCAACAGUCCUGUUUCUUUAUAUUUUAAUUUAAAAAUUAUCUUGUCAAUUGUUUCAAAGAGCUUUUUCACUUUUUGUAAGCAGUUGCAAGUGUAACACUAAAUGGAUGUACCAAAAUUUAUUUAAUGAGUUUAUUUUAAUGAAUAUUCAGGUCUGUCCCAGAAUUUUGUAAUUACAUAAAAAUUUGGCAAUAAAUAGAACUUAAUAAAGGUUAUUUGCCAUAGAAUAUAUCUAAAGGGUAAAUAUCCAUCAGUGCAACUUCUGUGUGAAAAUUUAUGUCUAUUAAAUUUUAAUUGAUAUUUUUUGUUCAAAUAGAAACUGAACAUCCAUCAUAUUGAAAUAACAAUGUUCAAGGGUGCCUGCCUCCUCACAUCUUUACCACCCAGUGUGUUACCAAUCUGUUUGACUUUGCCAAUAAAAU